ACGCGCUCGGCUAACUUCGGAACGGUCGUCUCACUCUGUACACAGCGAAAUGAACUGAGUCACAUUACGUUGUUGGCGUCAUUUUUACACAUUUCACCUGUAUAUCAGCACUGAUGCUGUCACCGCGCGACGACGAUGACGACGAUAGUCAUCUCUGCAUCAAGUGCAACGCCACCAUCAUUGGCCUUGACAACUACGUCAAACACAGAAAGCAGAGAUGUCAGAAGAAAAAUGCUACUUCGAAGUCUGACAUUCCAAACAUCAAUCCACUGGAACCCACCUACAGUCUUGGAGCCGACGUCUUCUUCCAGUCUUUGGAGUUACAGAGUAGUGUUAAGAAAUCUACGUUGGCUAGACUUACACCACCUAUAUCCGCUUCCAAAGUAGUUAUAGACCCAAAAACCACGCUAGCUGAAGCCUCAACUUCUAGGGACCUACCAAGAAUGAGUCCUCUAGAGAGUAACCUAGGCGGAGAAGACUGGAUUGGUGGCCAUAGUUUAAGAAUAGGUAUGAACGAAGAUAAUCAGACAAAAUUAAUAAAUGCAGUGGCCAGUAUUAGUGGCACAGUCAAGAAAGAUGUUCCAACUACCUCUUAUAAUAUAGAAGGGUUUAACGACUUUAAAGCAGAUGAAGAUUUUGAGGACUCGGAAGAUUCAGAGGAUGAUGAUGAUGACGAAGCUCAUGCUGCUGGAGGCAAGUGGAAACCUCCACCAAAUUAUACGGGAGGAAAAUGGCGACCUGCAUCACCUGAACAUGAAGACUGGGAUAUAAGAGAUGAACAGGAGCAUAUGGGUGGUAAAUGGAAAUCCUUUAUUACAAAUGAACGUGAUGAUGAUUAUGAUGCCCCACCACCAGGGCACACCAAAGGUAAAUGGGUACCUGGUGCACACGAAAAAACACAAAUAAUGCAACCAACUAUACAGACAAAGGGAACAGUACAAUACUGGUGCGGACCUUGCAACCGACGCUUAGGUUCAAAAGCUAUAUAUGAUAAACAUUUAAUGUCAAGCCUACACAUGAGAAAAGUACUGCCGGAACAUGAAUUGGAAUUCUCUGGACAUUUGGAAUCCUUGAAAAAUGUGGUGGAAAGACGUGCCAUUCGUCCAACACGAUUUUUGAAUAGCACUCAUUCACAAAGAAAGAAGUCACGCCUGUCGGGAAAAUUCAAUAUGAAGAUUCAAUAUAAAAAAAAAAAACGAAAAUCUCUGUUCGUACAUUGCUGUGGAUGUAAAUCUCGCGUGAAACAACAUCUAAUGGGAAAGCACUUGAUAUCUCAUUAUCAUUUCAGAAAAGCCAGUGAUACACAAAGUAGUGUAUAUCAGCAGUUGAUUCUAGAUAAUAUAGAUGCUAUUGUUCAUCAGUCACCAUUUCAAUGUAGCCCGUGCAAAUUUUAUACUAACUGGCUCUCAAAUUUUAUGCAGCAUUGGUAUUCUGAAGAACAUGAGCAGAAAAUGGCUGCAACAGAUGGUAGAUACUGGUGCUCGUUUUGUAAACACGAAUGUGAAACAUCUCAAGAAAUGUCACAGCAUAUGUCGAGCUUGGAGCAUAGUGAAGUGGUUGCAGUUAUUAAUAGAUCAAUGCCUAUUAUUAUACGAAAGAAAAGCGUCUUGAGAUGCCAAACUUGUAAUCUGGAAUUCCGAUAUAACAUUGAGAUAAAACGGCAUUGUCAGAAAACUGGACAUACCUUGGCUUAUACGGCUACUGAAAACUAUCAAGACCUUCAUAAAUGUCAGCACUGUAAAGUUAAAUUUAAAUCUUCAUUGUCACUCGCUGCACAUUUGAAGACUAUACAUAAACAAAAAGCAUUUUUUUGUUUGGUCUGUUCAAGGUCUUUUAACACCUCAGAAGAAGCGAAACAUCAUCGUCAAACAUCAGAACACAGAAUAAGAAAGAAAGAGAUAUUAAAGGAAAAAGGUUUGAUUUCGAAAGAUUUGACUAAAAAGUGUCCACACUGCAAAGACGAAUUAUUUUUAAAGAAUAUCUUGGAACUAAAGGAUCAUAUUAGAAGAGUGCAUCCACACAUUAAAAGAAAAUGCCCCAAAUGCGGUAUGUCGUUUGUAUUAUCGCAAGAAGUUACCCGUCACAUCAGAAACAAUGCUUGCCAAUUUCAUAGUGUCAGUCCUCCAAACGCUUCCAUAAUAUGGAACUGCAGUCAGUGCAUCUUCACAACUGACUCGCAGGCCGAGUGUUUUUUUCACGAAGUCUUGCAUUCAGACCCUAUCCAAGAUGUCCGCAAAGUCGGCAACAAAGAAAAAGUGUAUGAAAAGUAUUUUUGCCCGAUUUGUCAAAAGGCAUUUAAAAAAGCGUCUUUACGGGAGCAUUUGAGAUUACACACGUCUGAAAGACCAUUCGUCUGUGCUACAUGCGGAGCCAAUUUCACUAGAUUGACCAGUUUAGUUAAUCAUAACAACAGUCAGCAUAAGUUAGAGACAUCUGGUGCCCAAACUUCACAGGCAGAGGUUACAGACAGUGUUGAUACGAAGACAUUAGACUGGAAGUGCGGUAAAUGUCCGAAAAGCUUCGCCAACAGAACGACCCUGCGGAAACACGAAUCAAAAUGUGGCAAUAUGGGUCAAAAAUGUCCACACGAUGAAUGUACUUAUGUAUCAUCCAAUUUAUCCAGACAUCGGCGAGCUCAUGGGGAUGAAGUGAAUAACCAUCAGUGUCAACUAUGCACGUUUAAAACGAAUCACUCGAGCCACCUGAAGAGGCAUAUGCUAUGUCACAAGGGAGUGAAACCUUAUGGUUGUCCUCACUGCCAAUUUAUUUGUGGUAGUUUGGAGAACCUCCGUAAACACUGCCGGCGGCUGCACCCCGGGCAGCCACUCUACCGGUGCGGUCACUGCGAGUUCCGCAGCGACCUCGCCGCACAGUUACGUCUGCACCUCGCCACGGGACACCCGGACCAGUACGACACACACGCAGCACUCGCACACGUCAAGCGACACCUCAUGACCCCGCAGUAUAAGAAACAAACCGAUGUCGAACAGUGGCGUAGUUAGGUAACCAAGGGCU